AUGGGCAUGAAAUUGAAUAUCACAGCAACAUCUCUUAUGCUAUUGCUAGCAUCUGCUGCGGAAGUGUCUUGUGAUACCAUUUUUGAUGUUACCAAAUAUGGUGCCAGGGCUGACGGAAACACCGAUAUCAGCCAGGCCUUACUUAAAGCUUGGGGAGACGCUUGUUCAUCGCCUGUGGCAACUGGUUGGAUUGCUUUCCGACAAAUAGACCAGUUCACAUUGUCUGGUGGUGGAGUUUUUGAUGGGCAAGGAAAAACUGUAUGGGGCACAAAAUGCCCCAGCUCUGCAUACUGCAACCAACUUCCCAUCAAUCUGAGGUUCAACUUCAUCACCAAUAGCAUGGUCAAGAACAUAACUUCAAGAGACAGUAACCAGUUUCAUAUUAAUCUUUUGGGGUGCAAGAAUUUAACUUUCUACAACGUUGCAAUCAGUGCACCAGAAGAGAGACUCAACACAGAUGGAAUUCACAUUGGACGAUCCUUGGGGAUCAAUAUCACCUAUUCAACCAUAGAAACCGGAGAUGAUUGUGUCUCAAUUGGUGAUGGCAGUGAGCAAAUUAAUAUGCAAAGAGUAACCCGCGGACCUGGCCAUGACAGCGUGGGAAGUCUGGGAAAGUAACCCAAUGAAGAACCUGUGGUUGGCAUUAGUGUCAAGAACUGCAACCUUACUAACACCCAGAAUGGCGUGAGAGUGAAGACAUGGCCUGCUUCCCAUCAAGGCACUGCCUCUGAAAUGCAUUUUGAAGAUAUUGUCAUGAAUAAUGUUGGCAAUCCCAUAAUCAUAGAUCAAGAGUACUGCCGGCCCCAUAACCAAUGCAAUUUGAAGAUUCCAUCACGCAUUAUGCUCAACGAUGUUAGCUUUAGAAACAUCCGGGGCACUACCUCAACUCAGGUUGCAGUCAAGCUUGUUUGUAGCCAGGGAGUACCUCGCGAAGACGUGGAGCUUGGUGACAUUAACUUGAAAUACAAUGGAAAGGAAGGCCAUGCCAUGUCUCAAUGUAAAAACAUUAAGCCAAAUCUACUGGGCACGCAACUGCCAAGGACUUGUGCCUAA